CUCGUCACCGUUAGCAGCAGCAAAGAGCAGAACGAUAAAAUCACGAUUCGCAAAGGUGCAGCGCCAGGACACACCCGGAGGUGGGUGUCAUUGACUCUAAAGUGUAUUAUUUAUGAAAAAGGCUAGACAGAUGUUAAACAACAUUAGCACCAUUUUCCAAUUGGGAAGGUAUGGCUAGCUUGACUGUGACAACCUCAAGCAAAAACAGCUCAAGAAGUGCAUCGCCAAACAGAGCUAACCAUCCUGGUCAGCAACAGGUCACCAGCAGCAACUCAGAUCACACACCUAAGUCGCGGAAUGCUAGCGCGACUCAACAAGCGACGACGACGACAACAACAGGAGCAUCAGGUGAAGCUGAAGCCGCGAUGAAAAGCAGCGGUGGUGGCAGUACGAGGCAAAGGUCACCAGGUGCGAUGGCACGAGCAACGGCUGCAGCGGCAGUAGCAAAUGAUUCUACCCUCGACGACUCAGUAGCCAAUGUGUCUUAUCUCUCGGGCGACGUUGAGGAUUUUCAUCCAUCUAUCGACGACGAUGCUGCUGCGGCUGUGGAUACAUCAUACGGCCACGGAGGUCAGCAAUCGCUCAUGUCUAAUGGUUCGUCGGAAUUAUUGGGUGCAGAAGACGUCGACAGCAGAGCUCGACAGGCAAUUGAACAUAUCCAAAACAAAAUUGCAAAGACGCGCGAACUCAUUAGGACUGAACAGACGACGAGAGAUGAGAACGUAAAUGAAUAUCUGAAACUUGCGGCAAACGCUGACAAGCAGCAACGCACGCGAAUAAAGACAGUCUUUGAGAAGAAGAAUCAAAAGUCGGCGCAUAAUAUUCUUCAGCUGCAGAAGAAACUCGACAGCUACCAAAAGAAAUUAAAGCAUUACGAGCAGAACGGUGCCCACAUUUCCCAUCGACAGCCACGCGAAGUUCUGAGGGACAUGGGUCAAGGCUUGAAAAAUGUAGGUGGUAAUAUUCGUGAUGGAAUCACUGGAUUCUCGGGAAGUGUUAUGUCCAAACCGCGAGAAUUCGCCCACUUGAUAAAAAAUAAAUUUGGCAGUGCCGAUAACAUAAAUAGUAUAUCACAUGGCUCGACCUUUUAUGUAAACGAUACGACCCAUGCAACAGGUAAUAACGCCGACAGCGGAAGUGCCGAGGACGAGGGUAACAAGGCACACCACGGAUCGGCAACAUUGCCAGGUGGUUGUAGUCUCGGUUCAAAUAAUAGCGGAGCCGGAGCUGUGGGAACUAGUGGUCAAACAGGUGCAGGUGGUGUCAAAUUUCCCUCGGAGGAAGGCUCCGAAUGUUCAAGCGUGACCAGUGAGAGUGGACCCGGUAGUCGUGGACAAGGACACACUUGUGGAGCUCACGAUGGUAACAGGAUUUGCAGCUUGAAGACUAUUUUUACUGAACUUCAGGAGCACCGAGAAAGCUUCGAUAGGUUUAGAGAGAAACUCGAAGCAUUGAAGACGGUACAGCAAGAAGUGAGUUAUCUAUCGCAAGCACUACAAGAAGAGCGUUUCCGCUGCGAGCGGCUAGAAGAGCAAAUAAACGACUUGACGGAAUUGCAUCAGAAUGAAGUGGAAAACCUCAAGCAAACCAUUACCGAUAUGGAGGAGAAGGUUCAGUAUCAAAGCGAAGAUCGAUUACGAGACAUACAUGAGAUGUUGGAAAGCUGCCAGACGAAAAUAUGGAAAAUGGAGCAUCAGCAGCAGCAGCAUCAGCAGUAUGUCACACUCGAAGGCUUGGAUAACAGUAAUGCCCGUGCUCUCGUUGUUAAACUUAUAAACGUCGUGCUUACCGUACUACAAGUUAUACUACUGCUCGUUGCUACUGGUGCUGGUAUCAUGAUGCCGUUCCUUCGGACGAGCUGUACUAAGCCACAUUGUUUCAUGUGCAGGGUGCGCAUACUAACCACGACAUUCGUCGUGUUGGGAAUAGUGUUCGUGUUGAAGCAAUGGCCUGAAGUUCACGACGUUGGUAGUCACUUGAUGCGCCAUCUCAAACAGACUCUCGCUGUCAAGUAGCAUUCCUUCUUCGGCCAUCACAUCCUCGUUAUCAUCGUCGUUGUCGUUAAGCUUCACUGCGCAUUGACACCGAGAUUAUCUAAAUGUUUAGAUUUCCUCCUUGAUUCUAAUUUUCUUUUCUUUCUGCUAUACGUGAUUAUAAUCUUUCUACAUACAUAUGUAUGUAUGAUGAUAGCUGGGACGAGUUUUCGAGGGUCAAACAAAAAAGGACAAGAAAGAGAGCUUUGUUAAAUAUGUCAAGGAAACUCGUUUAUUCUCUUGAUUAAAGUGAGCUUUCCGAGUGAUUAGGUCGGUCGUGGUUAAAUAUACUGCUCGAAAGAAUAAUUGAAAUGUACUUGAGUUCUGUUCUCUUUCUUUUUUCUUUUUUUUAUUCUUAAAUCAUUGUGUAUCUUUAAUGAUUUUUAUAUUUAGUGCGUGUAAUUCAUCAUUUUCUUCGCUGUAAAACAUUGUCUUCUUUUUUUAUUUAUCAUUUUGUCGACGCUUUCGAGACGAGCGUUUAUACGUAUAUUUUUCUAUGAAUGUCGCUUUAAUAGCUUACGAAAUCACGGUGAGAAAAAAUUCCGUGUACGCCUUAUAUUUUUCCUCUUUGCUAGCGACAAAAAAAGCAAAGUCUUACGUUAUUUUCCAUCUAAUCUGUAUAUUUUAAUUAGGAAUGUGAUUGCGAAAAAUACAAUUUUAUCUAACUGUAAAAAAAUUACAAAAACUCGGUCGAGAUGUGAACAUGUCCCUCCAACAACGUAAUAAAACGAGAAAAAGUAAGGAACAAUUCUAUCCAUAUCCAUCAAAACUUAAUUAAACAAAUAGAAAAUCACGUGAACUUUGGAAAAGUGUUGCUAAUCGUCCAAGUACCUAGCGCAUAAGACAAAAGCAGCGUAAAUUCAUUAUAGAUGAAAAAUAGUGUAAUUAGAAAAGAAAAAAAAAUUAAGCACGCUACACUUGCACGCUAGUUUCUUCUCACCAAUGUGUAAGAUAUAUACAUAAUUAUAUAAAUAUAACGAAAUACGUAGCGAAGAAUUAUAUAGAUUUUUGUCUGUCGUCGUUAUAUAUUAUUAUAGCGCACAAAUACCAUCAUGUAGCUUUUCAUUCGCUCGCCCACUAUCGAGGAGGACAUUAUAUAUACGUACAUACUGAAUUCAGUAUGCAGUAAACCACGCAACUUAUAACAAAGAUCGUUUUUUGACUGAUUCAUUCGUUUUGAAAAAUUUUUUCUCUACUUGCGACAAUAAUUAAACGAUUGAUUAAUCGAAAGAAAUAAUUUUAGUUGCUUAUGUAAUGUAAUUCUCGUUUACUGCGUACGGAAAAGGCAGAGACAAUGAAAACAAUAAUAAAAACAAAACGAGAUAAAGACUGAUCAUCUGGUUGACGAUCUUAAAAUAGGACUGUUCUCUUCUUUCUGUCUUUUCUUUCUAUUCUGAUCUUUCGUUUGCAACGUAAUAAAAAAAUCACGACGAGGAGUGCAUUUUUUGGCACGUGUAAUAGUUCAAACAUUCCCACUACUUUUCUAGCGAAGGAAUAAUUAAUGGAAAACAGGCAAAAUCGCAGAUAAAUACGCCUCCCAGUCAAAGUAAUUUUCUACGUUUAUAAAAGCCAAAAAAUUCUACAUAUGCAUGAACGCAUUUUGCGACAGAAUGUCAAUAAGAAAUUUUCUAUAUUUUAAGCCACAGCAGACAAUUAAAAAAAUAUAAAAUUCGAAAUCAAGUUGAAUAAAUGAUUCAGUGUUGGAAAUCGACGCUAGAUAGUAGAUUACAUGGCGUUUCUAUCAUUUGUUUUUUGCGAAUGGAAUCUGUCUAUGUAUAUUCCUUUAAUGCUUUGUGAUGUAGAUAUUUAUUAUCUCUAUUAUUAACAGUUUUUCAAAAUUUAUUCACUAUCAAUGACUUCGUGAUUAUUAAAUGUGAUAGAUUGUCUUGAAAAAUUUAGAUCGCAGCAAAGUUUCUAAUUGUACUACCAACACUGAUCCAUACUCUUGCAAUUAAUUCUAAGUGAUAUCGAGAAUAAAUCUUACAGCAAAAAAAUUUUAACACGUUCUCUGGAAGAUACAUUUUACUCGAAUCGCACGGAGGCGUGCAUUGAAAAAAAAUGCGGUUAUUUUGAGCUUGCACCAUUUGUCAAUGUUUUUUUCCUCUUUUAUAUAUGUAUAACGGAAAUCGAGAAUCGAACGAAAAAAAUAUUUUUGGUUCCGGAAAUAAAAACGAAUAUUUGUUCCUAGUAAGUUUAAUAAUGCGAGACGAAAACUAAUGUAUAUCGUGCUCUCUGUCUUUGUCUCUCUUGUUCUGGUAACUCACCAAAAUGAGAUGAUCCUCUCAAAUAUUGAUUUAAAUUUUUUCGACGUAUUUGUUUUUCGAAAAAAACAAAUGUUGUUAUUUACUUUUUGACGAAGUGUUUAAAUAUAAUGCCGUUUAUAAAUAUUGAAAUUCUUAUUAAUGCUGUCAAUUGUUAUAAGAAUAUUGUAUUAUAUAACUUUUACACGAAUCAUACAAACUUUAAAAUUGAGAGGAUCAUCUAUUCAUUUUUUUAUGUAUUCAAAUCGCAAAAUAAAAAAAUUUUUCAUUCAUAGUGAGCUGUAAUGUGCGUAAACAAGCAUCAUUUUUUGGGAUCAAUCCGUAAUUUAUAUGUACCAUGUGUAUGUAAUUUGUCUAUUAUCUGCCAAUUACUCGCAUUCUCUCCCUGUAAUAAUGAGAAAUAAUAGAUUUUACCUGUAUGGCUCGCGACUAUUUCUAACGAAAAAUAAAGCAAUCCGUGAAAUAUUAGCUGGUGAACUGUACAAUAAAAGCAGUGUUGAGCGGUUUUUAGAUUAUUUUUCUAACUAUUUUACAUUUACUCUCUCAUUUCCAAAUUAUGGAAAUAAAACAAAGAUCCAUUAAUUUUUCAAACAAGUUCCAGUAAAAUUACAAAUUGAAGGAAUUGCAUGUCCGGAAAUCCAAUUGAUUCUUGCAAUUCAAAGUCGAAAAGUCCAAGAAGAAAAAAAAGAAGCGCUCAGACAAACAAAAGCAACAAUUUGCCGAUAUAUAUAUCGCAAGCGCGUUUGUUUAGUUUAGUACGUAUAGAAUGAAAAAAAAGUGAACACUAGAUGAACAUUGAAUGUAAAUAGAUGAAAAAAUUUUAUAUCCGCGCGUGCGCGUAAAAUUAUAUGUAAAUACAUAUGUAGGUUUCGAGGCGAGGCAUUAUGAUGGGAAGGAAGGGUAAUAUUAUUGUACGGAGAAUUUAUAAAGAAAUUCGAAAGAUGCCGCGUCGAGCUGCUAUCACGCAAUGUGAUUCGACUAAAAUGAAAUAAACUGUAAUUUAAUUUUUAUGAAAUCGACGAGAGUUGUAAUAACUUGCGAACAAAAAUGUUUUGAAGCUAAUAGCAGUGUCGACGAAUUUCAAGUAGCCAAUUCACACUACUGUAUCUGCAAUUAUAGAUGCAAGCAAGUGCACACACACAAUUACUUACACGCGCAUAUACUGACUGGCGAUAUCCUCAUACACACACCACACACACACGGUGCUUUAUUGGUGAUGUGAGCGCUGAAGACGGGGUCCCAUCUCCCCUAUUAUGUAGCUAUAUUAUUACAUCCGCACGCUUAUGUGAUAUAUUCUGGUGUACAAUUUUUGAUAGAUUUAAAACAAAAUUUUUCAUUCCAGAACUCUUGCAUAAAUACAAAUUGUAUGAGUGUACUUUUUGAGCCUUUAUUACAAAACGAUUUUGAAAAAAUUGGUGCUUCAAAUUUAUACGUGCCGUUCGAAUUUUAUGAGAAAAAAGAGAUUAGAAAAUUAUAUUAAUUAUUUGUUAUUAUAUUCACUGAUCGUCGAAACAAUAACAAUAGUUACGUAUUGAAAUACAUAGGUUACAAAAUGAACCGCAAACAUACGUAGCGGUCGCAAAAAUAAUAACAAGAUCUUCGAUGACAACGACAACAAAGAUUUGUUUCGUACUUUACAUAUGUAUAAUUCAUCUGGAGUUGAUUGCUUUAGUUUCCAAUAAUAUUUAUCAAAAUCAACAAAUGUGUGUAUAGAUACGAUUAGGAUACAAACGCUCGAAGCACGCAGGAGUGCUUACAUAAAAAAUGUAGUAGUGAAAACAAUAUUUGGGGCCCUGCACUGUAGAAAAAAAAACAAAAAACCAAUAAUCGUAGUUAGUAGGUAGAGUUUAUUAUUAGAAUUUUUUGCGCGGGCAACGUUGCAAAAAUCUCAUCGUUUGAUGAGGAGAGUAUUUUAGCCAAGUAAACGCGCAGAAGUAUUCAUAAAGGUUGCGAGCGCAAUUAAUAUUUGAUUUUCAUGAUAAAGAAAUUUAAGGAAUAAUGGCAGAUUUGUUUACUGCCCCAUCGCUGAUGAACUAUAUAUAUAUGAGUUUCAGAUAGAUAUAUAUGCGCACGUUUCUCUGACGUCCGGGUUCCAAGCAAAUGUCGCAUAUAUACAUAUGUUAUACCCGAUUCAAUAUUGUCUCAAAUAAAAAGCGAGUUUUUAGAAAUUA